CGCACCAAAUCAGCUACAUGGAUUACGAUAUUGUUAUUCGUUUAUUUCGUUGUUUUGAUUAUAAUAGUAGGAAUUGAGCGACGAUGGAUAACAAUUAAUAGCAAAAAUAUACUCACAUUCAAAAAACUUAUGCAAAAAUCAGAAACUGAAAAAAGGUAUUUUGUAAGAAUUAUGAUAGUUGGAAAGGAAUCAGCUGGGAAAACGUGCCUCUUGAGAAGAUUGUUGAAGGAAGACAUAUCUGAUGUUACUAGUACAGAUGGUGUUGAUAUUGUUGUUCGCAGAUGCAAAAUCAACGUCGAAGAUGGAAAAUGGACAAUCGGCCAAGAAAUUGAUGACAAGAAAGAACGGAUGGAUAGAGCACUAAGUCCAAAUAGGAAAACAAAAAUAGAUGAUAUAGAAAGUACUAAAAGAACAAAAGUAUCAACUAAAUUAACACAAACAGAAAAACGAGAAAAAAAUGUACUAGUUAGUAAGUCAAUUGACGUUAACAAUGAUUAUCCGAUGGAUAUAACAGCUGAUGACCUCGCUGACAAUAGAGACGAUACAACUAUGCAGGAAGAUCAGAUAAACUAUAGUACUAUAAAUCAUCCUGAUAUUACGGCUUCUUAUAAAAAAGAGAAAAAAAAUGACAUGAAGGUAAAUAUGGAUAAAAAUCAGUCUUCAUUAUUGGUAAUGCCUGAGGAUUUGAUGGCUAAAGUAUUUACUAAGUCAACUGCAAAAACUCCACGAAACCUAUUUGCAUUAUGUGAGUUAUGGGACUUUGCAGGGCAAAAAGAAUUUUAUGCUACACAUCAAGCAUUUUUGACAAGUAGUGCAGUAUACCUUGUAGUUGCAGAUAUGGAGGACGAAAUAUUAAGAAAAGAAGAUAAACCGAAGUGUUCUGCAGAUUUUCAGCAUAUUGGAGAGUAUAUUGAUUUUUGGUUUGAUUCUAUCCAUUGUCAUCGUGCAGCUGACGAACGACCUAGCUAUGCGCACUGGGAGCCUCCGAUUUUAUUAGUUUUCACUGGAAAGGAUAAAUAUAACAAGGAAGAUUUUAAGAAGAGAAAAAAGGAAUUACAUGAUCAAAUAGACAAAGUUUUGGGAUAUCAAAGCAAAUAUCAUCACUUGCACGACGAGUUUUAUCUGUCAAAUAAGGAAGAUACUGACAAAGAAUUUGACAAGUUGCGAUUCGCAAUUUUUGAGACUACAGGGAAAAUGAAAAACUGGGGCGAAGCGUUUCCGUUGAAAUGGAUACUUUUAGAGCAUUUGAUUGAAAUCAAUAAGAACCAUGGAAAACAUUUCCUUAAUUUUACUGAGAUGAUCAAACUGGCUAAACAUCCUGAUAUCAAUAUAAGAGAUGAGGACGAAUUAUUGUUGUUUCUUCGAUUUCAGCAUAACGUAGGGAACAUUAUUUUCUUUGACAAUAUAAGGGAUUUAAUCAUUUUAAAUCCUCAGUGGCUAGCAGAUGCUUUCAGAUGUUUAGUCUCAGAUAGGUAUGAAAACAGCAAAUUGCACCACCUUGAGGACUGGACACUGUUUAAACGACAAGGCACAAUAAGUGAAUCGUUAAUUACAGAACUAUUCGAGUCAAAAGACGGAAGUCAGUUUUCAGGACAAAAAGAUAAUUUGCAUAAAGUUAUGGAAAAGCUUGAUAUAUUGGUUAAAAUAGAAAACUCAAAUUAUAUAAUGCCAAGCAUGAUGCCGUCUGCCAAAUUCGAGGAUUUAUGCAACAAAUUUGGCAUUCUUAAGGAAAAAUGCAAAAGAACUUCCUGGCUUUGUUUUAAAUUUGAAUUCCUUCCACCUUCGUUCUUUAACCAUCUAUCUGCAUGGUUUAUCAGACAUUACAAUCCUAGCAAGGUAGAUGGUGGUAUUGCGUUAUACUGUGGCAUUUGUAUGUUUGACACUGAUCAAUCUGGUGGUACAAAGAUUCUAGUUACCAUGUCAACUGAUACAAUUGCUCUUCAGAUUGUGACGUUUUCCGAACGACAGGCCGUAUUGGAAGGUUUAUGUAGCAGUAUAUGCAAUGAAGUAACACAACUAUUUCUAAAUAUUACAGAGAGGUAUAAGGUGAAAAUAUCUUUUAAGCUCCAUUUCAAAUGCAGUGAUGGCUAUUAUUUUCAAGACAUAUUUGAAUAUGAGAAAUUAACAGUUGAGAGGGAGUUUUUCUGUAUUCAGCAUCAACAAAUGCAUCGAUCUGACCAAAUAUUGUCACCUUGGAUGAAUAAUGAGGUUAAAGAGAUUCCCGACAGAGCGAAAAUUAACACUACACAGGAUGACCAAAAUCCAGAAAAUAAACCAAACAAAGAAGAAGCUCAGGAUCAAACACCUGUCAAGACCAACCUUCCUGUUUCUGUCAGUUUGCGUCAACAGAUUAAUAUAACACAGGCAACGAAUGAAAAUCUGGAAAUUUAUAGCUGCAUCAAAAUAGGCAAUACAUUAGUGUUCAGUGACUGUAAUAAUGACCGACUUAUUAUUUGUAAUUCAGACGGUACUGAUAUCCAUAACAUUCCUCUGUCCUAUGAACCAUGGGACAUAACAGAGAUAUAUAGUAACACUGUAGCAGUAUCCUGUAGUGGCAGAACCAUACUGAUAAUAAAUAUAUCUACACGUUCUAUCACCAGUGAAAUCAACACCAGUAGUUACUGCGCCGGAAUAUCAUAUAAUGAUAAUAACCUGUACGUUAUUGAUAGGAGUAUAAUACAUGUGAUGGACCUGACAGGUAAAGUAAUACGUACUAUACCGGUACCUACAGACCUUAUCACCGACAUUACAGUAGACAGAGACAGGUUGGUCUAUAUAGACAGAGCAUCAAUAUACUGCUGCUCAUUAAAUGGAAAAGUAAUGUGGAAAUUUAAAAAGGAUGAACUUCAAGAUUUACGUCAUAUGACAACAGAUAAUGAGGGGAAUAUUUAUGUGACUGAUCAUAUUAAAGAAACUGUAGUAGUUGUAUCAGAUGACGGGAAACAUCAUAGAGAACUUCUAACUAAAUCAGAUGGAUUGGAUGAACCGUGGGGAAUUUAUUUUGACAAGAAAGAAAACAUUCUGCUUGUUAGUAAUGAAACAAACGGAAAAGCUUUUCUUUUUGACGUGAAAAAGAACAAAAAUAAACAUUAA